UUGUUAACUGUCAUUGAAAUAGGUUAUCGAAUUUCCAAAAUGUUUUGAUUUUUAAAUGGGAAGGAAUUAACUUUAAACACAUUGAAGUAUUUAAUAACAAAUAAUUAUCAUCUAUCAUGGCACUUCUGCGAUCGGGACUGCAAAGGGUCGCUAAUAUAUUUGGUGGAACACAAGGUGGUAUUUUAUCGAGAUUCGUAACAAGUUUAGUCCCAUCUGAAAACAAAUCUGUAGCAGAAACAUCGAAGGAGGUCAUCGCUACAUGUAAUAAAUUGAUCGAACAAAAUGCUUCAAGAAAUUUUGCAAUUGUCCACAUACUUGGUAAACAGUGGCGCGUGACUGAUGGUGAUCUCCUUGUCGUCGAAGGCUACUGGCCACCAAACAUCGGUGAUCAAAUAACAUUGGAUAAAGUACUUGUUGCUGCCACUAAAGACUUCUCGCUUAUUGGCCGCCCAUUGGUCCAACCUGGAUUAGUAACGGUUACCGCUACAAUAAUUUCUAAGGGAUUAUCCCACACUAGAACCCAUUUCAAAAAGAAGAGAAGGAAGCAAUUUAUGAGAAUAAAUUUUCAAAGAGCACAACAAACAAUAUUAAGAAUAAACUCAGUGGAAAUAGGAAACAAAAUCAAUGAGGGAAGAAAUGAUGUUUGACUAUGAUUAGAAAUAAAACUAGCUUAGGUAUUCUCAUGUUUUAUUUACUUUUAAAAUAUUUUUUACAUAAAUAUACUAUAUCAAUUUCACAAUUUUAAUAAGU